AUGGGUGUUUGCAUGACAAGGGUGUGCAUGCGUGAACGAGCUUUGGAGCAUCGCCUAAGAGCCGUAGCGGAUGCGUUAGCUGACGAGACGGCGGUCAGCAUCCAGCAACGGGCAGCUUAUUGGAAACAAAGGACUGCUGAACUGGACAAGAGUGCCGCUAAGCAUGUGAAAAAGGUUGGUUCUGUAUUGACUGCUCAUUAG